ACUGAAAAGCGAUGGAGGUUCCGGGCUCACAACUGGCCGGAAAGUGGCCACCCCCAAGCUAUUUUUAGCUCGCUGUGGCCACAGUGUAGUUUAAUCAUUCAAAAGUAUUGAGCGUGGACACUUUGGUCAAUUAGGCCAGAGCCUCGUGUGUCACAUUCAAACUGAGUAGCAGCGUAAUCUGAGCAGUUAUCCAAUCAAAACGAUUUCCCCUGGCUCGUCGUGCCAGUGAGAAAUAAAUAAAACCUAAAAGAGUCCAAAGAGCAGCGUUGCCUAAUUGGGUGAAGGGCUGAGGAAAAUCUGUCUGAUUAGCCUUCUCCAACAGACGGGGAUUAAGCUUUUAGUCUGUAAUUAUUAUAAAGCAUACGUCAGCAGAUAUCCACCCAUUUCAGACAGACAGCGGAGCGGAGGGAUGUCCUGCUAGGUGACUGUGCUCCCUGUGAGACCCGGCGAGACGUGGAGACCCCGGAAUAGGAGCAGGACUGGAGCAGGAACAGGAAUAUCCUCCUGAGUCAGUGCCACGACGCUGACACACCACACUCCCCGGCACGGCUGCCUCUGCUCCGAUAAUAAGCAUCCUAUGCUCUUCUGCUCAAGAUGGCGGUGCAGGCAGCGGAAAAGGACGGAAUAGUGUUGAAGAAUGUGGAGGAUGACCAUCUGAACGACUCGCUGGGAAACCCCGGCCUCAUCUCACCUGACAAGGAGGAUUUAUCACGUCUCCUGACGGUGCCAUUCAGCGGGCGCAUCCGGGGCGGCAUGCGGCCAGGGAAGAAGAUCAUAGUGAUGGGCAUUGUCGACCUGGAGCCAGACAGCUUCAACGUGAGCCUGACCUGUGGCCGUGACUCGGAGAAGGAAGAGCCGCCGCAAGAUGUGGCCCUAAAACUCACCGCCCGCUUCAGUGACCGCCAGUUUCUGCGCAGCGCCCGUGUUUCUGGGAAAUGGACGCAGGAGGAAGCCUCCACCGCCUACUUCCCCUUCAUCCCUGAUCAGCCUUUUAGGAUUGAGAUCCACUGCGAGCACCAGAGGUUCCGGAUAUUCGUGGACGGACACCAGCUCUUUGACUUUUAUCACAAAGUAAAAUCUUUGCCCUCUAUCGACACAGUACGGAUACAAGGAGAUCUACAGAUCACCAAGCUCGGUUAGCUUCCCCGCUCUUCCUGCUCUGCAGUGUGAACCAAGAACUUGAUCACAGAUGACCCCACAAACACACACAUAUAUACACACACACACACACACACACACACACACACACACACACACACGUAUGCGCCUGUUAUGUCAUCAUCCAUAACCCAUCAUGCAACCCUGCAGCAACAUAGCAACUGGAAAAAGUCUCCGGCUGUGACAAGUUAGAGAUCUUCUGCUUAAUUAUAUUUCCUUCUUUCCAUUUAACGAGGAUCUGAUGUGAUGAGGCUUUGUGGGUGAAUGUGUUUGCUCCAUUUUCAGGUAUUUUUUCCUUGUAGCUCCAGUUUUGGCAGAUCAGGGAUCUCAAGGCUUAUUAAUAGUGCAUUCAUUUUUUAUGCUGAAUCCUUUAGGGAUGCAGAGGUAGAGGCAGGUGUGGAACAAUUUUCAAGGAUGGAAAACAAGCUCAGAUGUUAUAGAAACCAGUUACUCAGGAAAAUGUAUCUGGAACUUAGCAGCUAAGACGAAAGCAAACGCAAAUGCUGACUGAUUAAAUGUUUGAACUUAAAUUGAGGGAAGUUCUGCAACUCGAGGGCGCAAAAAAAUGUUGUGGAUAAACUGGAAAACGCAUGUUGCUUAAAAAUAGACACUACUUUAAUUUUCACUCAAUAUGCUGUAAAUCUCUGCAGUAUUGAACCUGAGCAAUGUUUAGAUAUUCAGCCUGAGCCUUGACUAAUUCCCACAGGGGCAGAAACAUGAUUUCUUUUUCUUUUUUAAAUCAGAUAAAACUGGUUUAGAGCUAAAUGUUUCAGGUUGUUUGACGCUUUCAGAUUUGAUUUCACUCCACCGUGCUGGAUGUGCAUUUAUUGUUGCAGUCAUCUAUUAAAACUGAUCACAGUCCAGAAUUACACCCUCCCUCUGUGUUGGUGUAUCUCCAACUCCGUAGGCGCUCCCCUGUGCCCUCCCUCGGGUUUAUUCCAGUUGUCAUGGUAACGUGCUGCAGUCUCACCGACCUAAAUACCCAAUAAUGAGGAUUAUAUCAUGACAACGUGUAGCAGAAAGCGUCCCGUUGCUGUAGACUGCGUGCGUUGGUAGUUUGCACUCACUUUAGCGAUCACUGCAGCCGUUCUCCUAUAGAUUAAAGAAAGUCCUGUUUGGCGAACAGGAAGGAGAGUUACGCCUGGUUUGCUCUGGUGGGGGCGAGGAGAGUGGAGAAAACUGAACUCUGCUCUCUGCUGUCGGACUCACAGAACACACUGUUUUCACCCAAACCUCAUUUGAACUUCACACUAAUACAAUAUGCAACUAGUUCUCAUAAAAGUAGACUCACUUCACGAACACGUUUAGAAGAGACUGUGCUGUCAGGUGAGCGCAAACUAAAAUCCAAAACCCUUCAGUCACGUUCGACAGUCAGCUGGUUGUUUGGAAGCAGAAUCGGAUCCUGAUGGUAUGUUGAAUGUAUAGUAUUCAUGUUUCUAUAGUAGCAUAGAAGAUAUAGUGAUGCACAAAGUUAUUACUCAAUGUCACAGUUUCUUGGUGGUCUGGCUGGUGCUGUUAUAGUCUAUUUUCAGUCUCUCAAUAUGUGUUUUAUGGCUUUUGUUUUGUUUUUUUCCAAGUGUUUCCUGAAUCAUUCCAUGUCAGUUUCUGGUCCACACUGAAGCAGAUAGACGUUAUAAAGCAGUUCCACCCUCGUUCAAUGCAGCCAGCACGUUUUUUUUUACAACUCUUAACAAAUACUGUUGCGUCUGUUGUGCAAAGUAAAACUCAUAAGCAUUAAAAGUAUUAUGGCUUAAGGAGCUCUGUUUACACUACUUACAGUACAAGCAUUCACUAUGCUCUGUAAAGUUUAACACAUUGACCUACAUAAAAAUUUAACUGCAAAUUUCUGGAGACAACUUUCUAAUAAAGAGGAAACUUACAGCUUUAUUAACAGGUAAUAAAUCAUUCACUAAGGCUUUAUAGAUCAGUUAAGUGUUGCCAGGUUGUGUUUAUUUUGUAUUUGGUAAUAAUGCAGUUAUUUAUGUUGAUAAACCAUCAAAUGAACCAUCAGUUUUGCAGUUAUAGAUGUUAAUAAAUAAUAAAGAGUAAUACGUUUCUGACCUUACAAUGAGGCAUGAAGGCUGAAAUUAUAAACGUAAUUUGUUAAUAAAUGGAUUCUGUUCCAGAUGCCAUGCAGCUGUUUUAAAAAGACAGAUGCAUGAGGAUCAGCCAAAGGGGAUUUUUUUUUCACAACCUGGCAACCCAAAAGUGAUUCUUUCUAAUGGCUUUAUAACUACAGGAUCUAUAAAACAUUAGUAAAUUAUUUAUUAACCAUUAGGAAAAAAGUUGCUGACAUGUUAGAAAAUGGUGCUGAUUUAAAAAGUAUUUGUAGCUGCAAGGAACCAUUAUUGAGAUUUUGAUCUUUUUACUCUUAAGUAUUCAGUGAUGAUCUUAACGCACUAAUGAAGGUUUUCCCCGUCAUCACCUUUUUGCUGCUGUGAAUUUGGAGUAAGCCAUGACAUCUGUGCGAAACAGCUGCACUGACUUCGUUGCGUUGAUGCGUACCAUCGCUCACGUUAAUGAAGCUUCUUUUAGAUUUCCGGGCAAAACUUUGAGGAAACCUCUUUAACACCUCAUUACCGUCUCUGCACAGAGAGAGAGAGAGGACGUUUUUUUACACACGAGUACUUAGUAGUUCCUUUCACGUAGCAAUAAGGUCGCUGACUGCUCUAGAGCACAACUUGUUUUCUCCUGGUUGGUCAGACACGGUCUUCCUGAGCUCCUCGUUUUCGCUUGGCAGCCGCUGGUUUAUUUUGGACACAAACAGGAAACGAGUACAGUUUGGUAUGAGAGGGCAGUGAGGGGUUCAGUGUGAAAGGAUGCGAGCACUACGUUGCAUCAUUACUCCAGUGUUACAACAGAACAAAUGUGUAUAAAAUAAUGUGUAACUGUGUUGACAGGUUGUGUUUUUCGGAUUCUGUUUUUUUGUGUUCUAUUAACUGGUGACCAUUCCUUUGUAACGCUAAUAAUAUUCACCAUGUAAAGAAUAUGACCAUAACUCAGCAGUGUGUGUCAUGGAUGUAGAAACGAGACGUGUGUUUUAAGUGCAGGUUCAUGUUUUCGGUUGCACAGCUGUCACAGCUGGCAGCAGUUAACUGUAUCAACAGCCGCGGUGCUGUUGCUAGGAAUUAUGGGGGAGGGAGACGAACAAUUCAAGACUUCCUGAAUUAAAGGGCUCGAAUCAGGGAGAGCUUUUUGUUAUGUGUGUGUGUGUGUGCAGGGAGAUGAGGUGGGAGUGUGUUUUUCUCAACAUAGCACAGUUUAACUCUGCAUUCGCAAAUUGUUUUUUAGGGGGCUGUUGCGUGUUUUCCAGAUGUGUACGAGCACAGUGUGUUUUUCCCAUGAGGUUUUCUGCACAGUUGGCUGUGCUGCAGGUACAUGAGAAGCUGGCAGGGUACUUGAGUUUACUUGUUUGGUACUGUUGCACAAAGGUAUUGGUCUCCAUUUCAGGGACUCAAAACUGCCUAUCAUUCCAGUAAAAAAAUUUUUUUCGGUACAUAUGUUUGGAAAACCUCAACAUACAUUGUGUUUCUUCAUAAAAUACCAGGCCUCACUCCCUGAUCUCCUAAUGAUCCCAUGUCUUUUCUUUUUCAAUCUUGAGAAUAAUAAUUCCUGCUUAGCUCCUAUUGUAAUUGUUUUACAACCAUUUAAAAGUGCAACAGAAAAAGUGAAUGUCAUUCUCUUCCUGAUUGUAAUCUGAUGAUAAAUACCCGGGUGGAAAAUACUGUUCAUAUUCACCUCAGUUACUUAGGAUCCUCUCCUCCUACCCACCGAGUUGUGAAAUAUGUUUCCUACCCAUAGUUAAAAAUCGAGGACACUGAUGUGAGAGGAACAGUUUUUUUGACCCAGGUCUAAAUGUUGCCCUGUUGUUGGACUUUGGAUGUACAUAUUUAUGAACGUGACCUCACAGGCUUCGUUUUUACAUGACAAAUACCAAGCUGAGUUGCGAGCAGGAACGUUUUGUUGUGCAUGUAAGCUUGUACCUGGCUAUUUUGUAAACAUGAAAGAUUAAGGUGUUACCUUGCCAGUUUUUGUUCCAGUCAAGCAUGUGGUUUUGUUUUGGUUUUUUGUUUUUCAACCAUCAAUCUGACGUGUCUCAAGGUCAGAUUUUCCUCUGGCCUGCUAGUAUUUAUGAAGAUUGGAGUUUAGUACUUAACAAAUGAUGAUAAAUUAUGGGAUUUAAACACUGCUGACAUAAGCUCUAGGAUGUGCAAAACUAGAAUAUGGACUCAAGUAUCUAAAUCAUGUUUUUUCCACAUGAGUUUUAACAAGUGAAACAACAAAAGGACUUUGUAAGAAGUGCUAAAACCUACAUGUCUACAUCAUGAUGUCCAUUUCUGAAGUGUCCUCUGACUAGAAGUAGGCUGAUGUAUUGUGUGGUUGUACAAUCAUGUUAUCCUUUCUAUUUAUUACAGUGUAACCAGCAGGGUUGUGAGUGGUAACAUCAUACCUACUGAACUGGUAAUAUACUCAUUUUUGCUGUUUUAUAUGAGGGCAUCUUGAACAGUCGAGUUUUUUGAUAAAGACAAAAGUGUUUUGGGCUCUGACAUGUACAAAUAUUACAACUGUACUUCCCUGUAUGACGUAAAGAAAUGUGUGAAACAAGAAUUGGAUCAAACCUUUGCCUUUAGAUUCUUUUCUAUUAACUGCACAACCAUCAUUCUGACAUGAGUGUUUUUGGCAUCAUGUUGUCUGUUUUAUCUGCUGUUUUUCAGCUGAGCAGCUUUCCUUCCGCCCACCACAAAAAAAAACAAACAAAAAAAAAACUUACAAGAUGUCUUUGUAAUUCCCAAACUAAACUGAGAUGACCCUAAAUUUUGUGUCCGUGUGUUUCAUUGAGACAGUGCACUGGACCAGUGUUUAGAUGAAGAGACAGCACAUUCUACCAUUGUGUUAACCCUCUCCAAAUAUUUUUGUUUUUCUUCCUCCUAAUGCUUUUGUAAAAACAGCUUCUUUGCAAACCAAUAAACUUCUCAUCUUGGAAGUC